AUGCGUCAGUCUAUAGCUUUUGUGUUUUUAGUUCUUGGUUGGGCGAAUGCUGUACCAACUAAUCAGGACCGAAUUACUGGAGGCUCGGUUGUGACCAUCGACCGGUAUCCCGAGCUUGCUGCCACGCUAGUUACCAGUGACGGCGUCCAGUGGUUUCAAGGAUGCGGCAGUUCUAUCCUCAACAACAGGGCUGUCCUAACUGCAGCUCACUGUUUAUUCGGUGUAAUGCGUGUUAGAGUUGGUUCAUCAUUCGGCAACAGUGGCGGCACGGUCCAUCAUGUGAGCAGAUACAUUACGCACCCUAAUUACGUCGCUGUGACCUUCGAGAGUGACCUUGCCAUCUUACAUGUUUCAACUCAAAUCAUUUACGUCAACAACGCCGUGAGACCGGCCAGGAUUGCUGGCCCCAACUACAAUGUUGCAGACAACCAAGUCGUAUGGGCCACUGGAUGGGGAUCCAUGUGGCUCGGUAGUGGUCGUUCAGAACAACUUCGUCAUGUCCAACUUUAUACUGUAAGCCAGGACCUGUGUAGAGCUCGUUACACUACCGUCCCUAUCACUGCCAACAUGUUGUGUGUUGGUAGACUCGGAGUUGAUGGAUUCGGACAGUGCGGUGGUGACUCCGGUAGUCCUCUGUUCCACAACGGGGUUGUGGUUGGUGUAUGUUCCUUCGGUGUAGGAUGUGGCCACGACUAUUUCCCCACCGUCAAUGUUCGUGUCUCACGUUUCACAUCGUGGAUUCAGAAUAACGCAUGA